UCCGCCUGGACGCCGGUAACCCCCGCCGGCCAGCGAGCGAGCGAUGUGUUCUACUCGCCUCGCUCAGUCCCCUCCACACCAGCAGCCGAUUGCACCCGCCGCUGCUAUUUCUUCGCUCCACUGUAGAGUGGUCACCGGAGAUGGCCAGCCGACGGCAGGGGCGGCCUUAGCCUGGGCUCGGAGACGAGUAGGCGACGACCACACCCGCAUGGUGGUUGAUGUGAAGCGGCUGCGCGACGUCCACCGCUGCGCCCCCGCCUGGACUCCCACCGGUACAUGGACGGACUUCACCGGAUAUUUGCAAAUGAGAUAAGGUGAAUUCAUGAAAGAACGAGCUAAUAAGCUGGAGAGCUGGAUGGAGAAGCUCAAAGCGGGAAGAAGGUAGAAAACAAGGAGGAGCUCUUGCACAAGCACAAGCAGAGUUCUUUGUGGGAUGCUGAGGGAUACUUGAUAAUGUAACCUAAAAAGCAGGAUGGAGGAUGGAACUGAAAGAAGCAAAGUUGUGGUGAGAUGAGUCAUGAGAUAAACUACGAGUUGGCUGAUAACAAAGAUCCGCAUGCUGGAAUUGGGAAGUCUGAACAUCAUCUAUGGAGGUUACUGUAGUAAACUGCGGUAGUACUGCUUUGUCCAAACUCCAAACCGCGCUAACUGCGGGAGGGAAGGGAGGCUAGCGUGAAAAGAAGAGGUAAAGAAAGAGGAAGGCAAAGGCGCGACAUGAUGCCUCGCUCAAGCUUUUUGUUGUCACGCUGCCAAGAGGACAAUGAUUUGGUCCUGCUUCUUCUUCUUCCUCUUCUUCUAGUGGUGAACUGUUUGGCCUGCAUGCUAGGGACCUACUAUGAGCAGACAAGAACAGAGCAAAAGUGAAAAGUGGAAGCAUCCAGUGCUGUCAAUCUGACACUGGUGCCACAGCGCGCGACCACUCCAUAGAUCACCUUACCUCGCUUACCGAAACAACAAUAGAAGCGUUCUCCAGUUCAAGAACCGAUCAAAUUCAAAAAUCAAAAGUGAAGGCAAGGAAAGCACGAUGCUUCUCUUCACCCAAUGCAAAUCGAUGGGGUAGCAGCAGCACCGGGCAGUGGCAGAGAUCAUGGCUGUGAUUCGUUUCGUCCAUGUCCAUGCCAAUCUUGUUAGCUGAAGAAUCAUCUGGUUCUUGUGCUCACAGCUGCAGAGACAGCAGAGUGGUGGUGACGAUGGCUAUGCUGCUGUUGCGUUCUUUGGGGUUCUUGGCGAUCAUGGCGGCGGCCUUGAGCUUGGCAAUGCCAGCGGCGGUGGUAGCGGCGGCGGUGCCGCAGCCGGAGCCGGAGGUGAAGCCGAGCGACACGGACGCGCUCACCAUCUUCCGCAACGGCGCCGACGCGCACGGCAUCCUGGCGGCGAACUGGAGCACCUCGAACGCCUGCGCCGGCGGCUGGAUCGGCGUCGGCUGCUCCGCCGACGGCCGCCGCGUGACGUCGCUGUCGCUGCCGUCGCUCGACCUGCGGGGGCCACUUGACCCGCUCUCCCACCUCGGCGAGCUCCGGUUGCUCGACCUCCGCGGGAACCGGCUCAACGGCACGCUCGACACGCUCCUCCUCGGCGUCCCCAACCUCAAGCUGCUCUACCUCUCCCACAACGACCUCUCAGGCGCCAUCCCGGACGCCAUCGCGCGGCUCCUCCGCCUCCUCCGCGUCGACCUCGCCGACAACAGCCUGCGCGGGGCGAUCCCGGUGGCCGCGCUCGCCAACCUCACCGGCCUCCUCACGCUCAAGCUCCAGGACAACCUCCUCUCCGGCUUGCUCCCGGACUUCACCACCGUGCUUCCCCGUCUCGGGGAAUUCAACGCGUCCAACAACCAGCUCUCCGGCAGGGUGCCCGACGCCAUGCGCGCAAAGUUCGGCCUCGCCUCGUUCGCCGGCAAUGCCGGCCUCUGCGGGCUGGCGCCGCCGCUGCCGGCGUGUUCUUUCCUGCCGCGUGAACCCGCCCCGACGCCACCGUCUGUCCCUUCCUCGCAGCAGUCCGUGGUGCCAUCAAACCCCGCGGCGUCGUCGUCGUCGUCUUCGGUUGCUUCAUCUUCCCCGGCGCUGGCCACACCGGAGUCACGCAAUGGAGCUGGCAAGGGGGGGCUGAGCACCGGCGCGAUUGCCGGCAUCGUCGUCGGCAAUGCUCUCUUCUUGUUCGCUCUGCUUUCACUGUUAGUGGCGUACUGCUGCUGCAGCACAGGCGACGGCGGUGGCGACGAGCUACCCAAGAAGAGGAAAAGAGGCGGCCGCGUCGGCCUGGAGGAUGAAGACGACGGCCUGUUCGGCCACGGUAAGGGCGUGCAGCCGGGUCGGCCGGGCAGCGCCGGCAUGCGCAGUGACGACGGCGGAGACAGCGACGGGGCACGCAGCAAGCUGGUGUUCUUCGGAGUGGACGGCGAAGACGACGACGGAGGCAGCGACAGCAGCGCCGCCGGCAGGAAGGAAACUGACGGGUGGACGGCGACGUCGCACCAGCAGCAGGAGAGGAGGAGGAGCAGGUUCGCGCUGGAAGAGCUGCUGCGCGCGUCGGCGGAGAUGGUCGGCCGCGGCAGCCUGGGCACCGUGUACCGCGCCGUGCUCAGCGACGGCCGCAUGGUCGCCGUGAAGCGCCUGCGCGACGCCAACCCCUGCGCCCGCGACGAGUUCCACCGGUACAUGGACCUCAUCGGCCGGCUCCGCCACCCAAAUCUCGUCCCCCUCCGAGCCUUCUACUACGCCAAGCAGGAGAAGCUCCUCAUCUACGACUACCUCCCCAAUGGCAACCUCCACGACCGCCUCCACGGGCACCGGAUGUCGGGCGAGUCGCCGUUGGACUGGACGACGAGGGUGAGGCUUCUCCUCGGCGCGGCGCGCGGGCUGGCAUGCAUCCACCGCGAGUACCGCACGUCGGCCAUCCCCCAUGGCAACAUCAAGUCCACCAACGUCCUGCUCGACAAGAACGGCGCCGCCUGCGUCGCCGACUUCGGCCUGGCGCUGCUCCUCAGCCCCGCGCACGCCAUUGCCCGCCUCGGAGGUUACAUGGCGCCGGAGCAGGAGGACAACAAGCGGCUCUCGCAGGAGGCCGACGUCUACAGCUUCGGCAUGCUCGUCCUCGAGGCGCUCACCGGCAAGGUGCCGGUGCAUUACCCGCAGCCGCUGCCGGCCGCAGACGCCGACGCGCAGAGGAAAGACAAGAGGUGCUCGACGGCGGUCAGCCUCCCGGAGUGGGUGCGGUCGGUGGUGCGGGAGGAGUGGACGGCGGAGGUGUUCGACGUGGAGCUGCUCCGGUACAAGGACAUCGAGGAGGAGAUGGUGGCGAUGCUGCACGUCGCGCUGGCGUGCGUCACGCUGCAGCCGGAGCAGAGACCUUCCAUGGCCGACGUGGUGAGGAUGAUCGAGAGCAUACCGGUGGACCAGUCGCCGUUUCCGGAGGAGGACAGGGAUAUCUCGAUGUCGCCGUCGAUCGGCAUUACCACUGACGAUGGAGAUGGUCGCCUCAGCUGCUAGCUCAUCAUCCUCAAAUCUUCUUUUCUGAAUUCUGAACUCACUGUCUGCUGUUCUGAAUGAUGCUCUCUUUUGCAUUCUCAUAUCUGAAAUUACUGCUCCAGCUGGUACUAAUUGAGCAUUUGAGCUACUGGAAUAUCUCUGUGCCUGUGCUUGUAAGAAUGUAAGAUAAUUUGUAUUAUGGUGAUUUUGGUAAUAGUACCUCUAGUCAUUUUAUAUGACGUUUCAAACAUACAAAUUAACUAUGU